UAACUCAAAGAACCGACCCUGACUCUUCCGCUUACAAUUCAACAUUUGGUAACCCGUCGUCAAUCACCUACCUCAGGCCUGGCAUCGGUGAUUUCGACCACGAGCGCUGCGCGCCUCUUCUUUCUGGCGCAGCGCAGUACGGUGAAGAGAAAAGAGAGAGAAAAGGAGGGAAAAAAGUGGCAGACGGACGGACGGGAGGAGAGAAAGGAGGGCAGGACAGACCAGACCACCCGUAGAGAUGCCACCUAAGAGAAAGGCUGCAGCACCCGCGGCGGCCACGGCUACCAAAGCCGGGCGCACAUCUGCCUUGUCGACGCCUGGCCCGGCGACGCCGCGCAGUCUCGACAGCUCCAUGAUGUCGGAGGCCGACGAGGAGCUCGACGAGGAUGUGACCGAGGCCCAGAAGGAGCGCGAGGAGCUGUUGGGCAAGGAGGCCGACGAGUUCGUCAACAACUGGGCCAUAUCGAGCAAGCGCUUCCAGAACCAGGGCGAGGGCCAGAAGCGAGAUGCCGCUACGCCCUACUUUGGGAAGCGCGACUUCUCGGGCCUCCCGCUGAAGGCGGACCACCACAACCGGCCCAUAUGGAUUGACCCCGACAAGGGCACUAUCGUGCUGGAGCGCUUCAACGUGCUGGCCGAGCAGGCCACCGACUUCCUCAUCACCAUCGCCGAGCCCAAGUCGCGCCCGGCCUUCCUGCAUGAGUAUGCCCUGACCACGCACAGCCUCUACGCGGCCGUGUCGGUCGGCUUGCGUCCCAAGGACAUCAUAAACACGCUGGACCGCUUCUUGAAGACGGCCCUGCCGAGCUCUAUCAACAACUUCAUCCAGCAGUGCACUAACAGCUACGGCAAGGUGAAGCUGGUGCUCAAGAACAAUAAGUAUUUCGUAGAGAGCGUAGAUGCCGACAUGUUGCAGAGGCUGCUCAAGGAUGAGGUCAUCGGCCCGCUCCGCGUCCAGGGCUCCGACGCCAUCACCACCACGUAUGCCCCGACCAUGGGCGGCCUCGUUAUCCCGGGCACCAAGAACGCCGCUGGCGUCCGCCAGGCCGCUCUGCAGAAGCCAGGCGACAAGCCAACCACCGACACGGCCAAGGACCCCGAUCUCUUCGCUGCCCUUAACGAGGAGGACGACGACGAUGACAAGGAAGCCGUCCAUGCCUUUGAGAUAGGCGACACGGCUGUCGAGACGGUCCAGAAGCGCUGUCUGGACAUUGGCUAUCCCAUCCUGGAAGAGUACGACUUCCGGAACGACGACGUGAACCCCAAUCUCGAGAUUGAUCUGCAGCCCAACACCCAGAUCCGACCGUACCAAGAGAAGAGCCUGAGCAAGAUGUUUGGUAACGGCCGAGCCAAGAGCGGCAUCAUUGUGUUGCCCUGCGGCGCCGGUAAGACGCUGGUCGGCAUCACAGCUGCCUGCACCAUCAAGAAGGGGGUCAUCGUGCUAUGCACGAGUUCCAUGUCGGUCGUGCAGUGGCGCCAGGAAUUCCUCAAGUGGUCCAACAUCAACCCGGACGACGUGGCUGUCUUCACUGCCGAGAGCAAGAACAAGUUCUCGGGCAGCACCGGAAUCAUCGUCACGACCUACUCGAUGGUUACUAACAACCGGGAGCGUUCUCAUGACUCUAAGAAGAUGAUGGACUUCCUCAAGGGGCGAGAGUGGGGCCUCAUGCUCUUGGACGAGGUGCACGUCGUUCCCGCCGAUGUCUUCCGCCGCGUCAUCUCGUCCAUCAAGUCGCACUCAAAGCUCGGGCUCACGGCGACGCUUCUGAGAGAGGAUGACAAGAUCUCUCAUCUUAACUUCCUCAUCGGACCGAAACUAUACGAAGCCAACUGGAUGGAGCUCUCACAGCAAGGCCACAUCGCCAAAGUCCAGUGUGCCGAAGUCUGGUGCCAGAUGCCAACAGAGUUCUACGACGAAUACCUGCGUGCAAACGCGCGCAUGAAGCGCACGCUCUACGCCAUGAACCCUCGCAAGUUCCAGGCCUGCCAGUAUCUGAUAAACUAUCACGAGGCCCGCGGCGACAAGAUCAUCGUCUUCUCGGACGAACUCUACUCGCUCAAGAAGUACGCCGAGACGCUCGGAAAGGUGUACAUCUACGGCGGCACUAGCCAGUCGGAGCGCAUGCACAUCCUGGCCAACUUCCAACACAAUCCAGAGGUCAACACGCUGUUCCUCUCCAAGAUUGGCGACACCUCGCUCGACCUGCCCGAGGCUACGUGCCUUAUCCAGAUCUCCUCCCACUUUGGUUCCCGCCGUCAGGAAGCGCAGCGUCUCGGCCGUAUCUUGCGGGCCAAGCGUCGUAACGACGAGGGCUUCAACGCCUUCUUCUACUCGCUCGUCUCAAAGGACACGCAGGAGAUGUACUACUCGUCCAAGCGCCAAGCCUUUCUGGUCGACCAGGGCUACGCCUUCAAGGUCAUCACCCAGCUCGCAAACAUCGAGAACACGCCAAACCUUGCCUUUGCCUCGCCCCAGGAGCGCCGCGAGCUCCUGCAGAUGACACUCGUCGACAACGAGAAGGGCACCAUGGAAGACGUCGAGACGGACGACCUCUUCGGCAAGGUCGGAGGAGGCCGCGGCAGGAAGAAGAAGGGCCUCGCGGCCCGUCGCACCGCCGGCACCCUCGGCGAGCUCAGCGGCGGCCAGGACAUGGCCUACAUUGAGCAAAACAAGGGCGCCAACAAGCAGCUCAAAAAGAACCAAAAGGCCGAGCGCGACACCUUCUUCAAGAAGAUUGCCAGGGAGAAAGAACGCAACCGCGGUUGAAGGUGGUUGGAAAUAUCGUCUGCGGGUGUUGUCCAUUCCAAAUUUUCCAUUUUCCUCCAAAACGUAUCUUUUUUUCUCUUCUUUUCUUCAGUUGUCUGGUUAUAUACCUAGGUGUUUUGGGCCGUGGGGCGUCUUUGCUUCUUUCGGCCUGUGUCAAGUCAUUCUAGGUACAAUGUAUGUAAUGGUGGUGCAUCAGAAAAAGACUGGGUUGUCUUUUUUGGCGAAAAAAUGGGCGAGUGUGACGGAGGGUGGACCUCCUUUUUGCGGGUUAUUUAUUCCCUUGUAUAACAACAAUACAAAUACCAAAAAGGGUAGCGCUGCCAAAUAUGGUAUAUGCAUACAAUGAGAGCGUCGUCGGGUGGACGAUGACUAGUAGUGCAGCAGACCGACCGGUAGGGUCGGGAUACUCGGUGGUGUGGUGGCUGAGAAUUUGGUUUGUCAAGAGCCCAGAGCCAUA